ACACACUCCUCAACGCGAGAGAGAGAGAGAGAGAGAGAUGGGGGGUUCGGUGGUGACGGGCUCUUCCGCUCCUCCUCCGCCGGAUCCGAACCCGAGCGUCGACAUCAAGAAGAAGAAGAAGAAGAAGAAGAAGAAGAAGAAGACGAAGAAGGAUCAGAAUCUCUCUCAAGCUGAGAUCGGCAAUCAGGACGAGAGGGGAGCCAAAGAGGAGAGCGAUGAAGGGGGAGAAGCUGGAUCUUCGCGCGAUCAGGAUCAGCACCUCUCUCAAGCUGAGAACUGUAAACGCGACGAGAGUGGAGCCGGAAAAGAUGGCGAGGUUGCGAACAUGGUCGCACCUGAGGCCUUGCCGAGCACGACCACGGAGAAGACGAACCCGGAGCCGAGAUCUUUGUCCCCGCCGCCGAUUUGCCCAAUCUGCUACGAGGACAUGGAUGCGAUGGAUGUGAGGUUCCGCCCCUGCGAGUGUGGGUUCGGGCUCUGCCUCUUCUGCUACAACCACAUCAUCCAGCAAGGCGACGGGCGUUGCCCCGGGUGUCGGAUAUCCUAUGACAGGUCCAAGCGGUAAUGAAGGAGGAGUGGGGAGGAGAUCUCAUUGUGCAUAUUGCGAGAUCAGUGGCUAUUCUGCAGAUAAUGAUGCCAUAUUGUUAGUCAUUUUACCAAUUACAUACCAAGCACCCGGAAUUUUAUUAUCUCAAGCUUGCAGGAUAGCCAAGGAUCUUCAUUCAGAUGGAACCAGAGCGAUUCGUUGUAUUACCAAAGUUGAGCAAGCAGCUGGAAACCAGAAAUAUCCUGCUUCUGUUCUGGCCCUUCAGAAUCAGGGACCCGUCCGCAAGCAAAGGGCAAAUGCCUUAAUCCAUGGAGAUAAGGAAGCAGAUGAAAGUCAGGCUCCCAAACCUCUAGAUAGGGCUUCGCGGUAAAUCUCAGAUAGUGCGGGAUCAAUUGGUUAGACUUGGUGAACAAAUGGUAUGCUGUGCUGAAGGAACCAGGGAUCUUGCUUUAGAGCAUUGUCGAGAAGUCGAGGACAAGUUUCUCCAGCAUAUUGCAGCUGGUGAGGUUAGUGAACCUUUGUUUUCUAUUCUGUUAUGAAUAAUUUUUUGCUUUUCCAUGUGGUUACAAAUUUUUCGUUUCUUGAAGGCAUACUAAAAUGACAAUACUUCUAUACCUCACCAGUCAUAAAACUUCAUGAAAUCUUGCUGCCACUUUUGCCCUCUAGAUGCUUAUUUUUUGUUACAUUUUGUACUCAAUCUUGCUUUAAGUAUUUAAAAGGGCACGACUUUGAAAUUAAGAGAAGAUUUUCAGAUACACUGCCUUCGAUCUUUGUUGUGCAGUAAUUCAAAUUGAGUUAUUUGCAAGAAAUUAAGCAUUUUGUUUUGGAUCGAACUAAUAAAUCUAUGGACAACAGCAAUUAAAUUUUUCAGUAGAUGCUCCUUAUACCUUUUGAAGUACUAGAAAGUGUUUGAACAUUGUAAGUACUUUAAGUUUUACCUUUGUUUGUUUUUCUGGUCGAAAGUCGUGAUUUCUUCUCUUCUUUUUUGUUUUCCUUUUCUAUUAAUUAACUCAAUUCAGAAGUGUCUGUUAAAUUCUUCUAUCUUAGAUGUCUA